AUGUUAGGUCCUAUAUUUUUAAAAUUUAAGGACUUUUAUGGCUGGAUAUGGAAAGGACAUAUUUACAUUUUACUAGGCAUCUGUUUCUUUUGUUAUAUUCCGAUGUUUUACAAAAUUUCGCGAUUUGACAUGAAAGACCAAACAAAGAAGAAACAAUAUGAGAUUAAAAUGUUAUAUACUCUAAUCUCUUUAUUAGUUGCGAAUAUUCUUUAUAUUUGCUUCCUUUUGACAAGAGAUUAUUUGACUUUGAUAUACGCAGAAUAUGGACGAUUUUCUGAAUGGUCGCUCUAUGUAUUGGCUGAUAUUUAUGAUUUACAUAAUCCUUAUAAUUUAUUGGUUACUUCAAAGAAGAUUCGAUUGGUAAGUAGCACAAAAUGA